AUGGCCGCCUUGCAGGUCGCCCAGCGCAUCAUGCCGCUAGAGGAGCUGCUGGCUGCCGACAUUCUGGAGGAUCGCAUCAACAUCCACCUCCAGUGCGACAACCAGAAUCCCAUUCUGUGGGCCUCGCUGAGCGGCAGAUGUUUGCCCAAACAGAGCGCGUGGAGGCUCACCACCUGCGACCGCUUCCGGGACCGGCAGCGCAACCCCGGGGCGCCAGGCCAUGCUCUCUCCAUUGUGCUGAUGAAGGACAAGGAGCACCUGGGUGAGUGGGAGACGCCCUUUCAGCUUGCCCUGCAGCAUCCGCUGAUGCUGAAGAACUACGACGAGCUGGAGGAUGUCAUGGAGGCGCUGCGGGAGGACGAGGAGGACCGGAAGCGCCUGGCACCGGAGGAGCGGCGGGAGCUGCAGCGCCGGCUCCAGGACUGGCAGGAGGAGCGCUUCGAGCUGAUGCCGGGGGCGCGGCUGCUGCCCAACAGCCCCGAGCUGGGCUUCGCGCUCCGGGAGGCCAGCUGA